UCUGUAACGCGGGAACUCCUUGCGCUGUGGUGCGUCGUGUUUGUCAGCGCGUGUUUCGCCUCGCUCUCCCGUAUCCACGUCCACCCCAACAACCACUGGCUCCUGGACCGCUCCGGCCGCGUCCGCAUCUUUCACGGCAUCAACGCCAUCCAGAAGGGGUUUCCAUGGUACCCAGCUCCGAUGCUGAACCAGUCCAGACUGGAUGAGCUGCAGAGUUGGGGGUUCAAUGCUGUCAGACUGGGGAUGAUGUGGGCAGGAGCUGAACCACAGGAGGGGAGGUACAACCAUACCUACAUGUCCACCAUGCAUAACAUCACUGCCGAGCUGAGCAGACGCGGUAUCUACACCAUUCUAGACAUGCACCAGGACGGGCUAAACUCACUGUACGACGGAGUCCCGCCGUGGCUCGUGGCGAGUUUCCCGCCGCCGGAACACCCUUACCCCUGGCCGCUGAAAAACAUCACGUCUUGGGACCAGGCGUACUUAACACAGCAGUGCAGCCACAACUUCCAGUGUCUUUACGACAACUACAAGGGCGCUGCGGACAAGAUGGCCAGGUUUUGGAAGUUCGUCGCGACGGAGUUCAGGACCCAGACUUCGGUGCUGGGAUACGAGCUUCUGAACGAACCCUGGGUCGGUGAUUGGACCGCGGACCCCGAACUGUUCCUCCCAGGGCAUGCUGGGAAGACUAACGUCUCUCCUCUGCACGAUCGCGUAACCCGAUCCGUCCGGACGGCGGACGACGAAACGCUGGUUUUCUACGAGCCGGUGACUUGGGGGUACAUCUUCGCGGAAGAUGGCGCGCUGGGGUCGGGUUUUGCCCACGUGCCGGGCGGGUCCGCGUACCGAAACCGCAGCGUCCUGUCCUACCACUACUACUGCUGGCUCUUCCAGGAGGGACAGCCGUACCCGCCGUACAGGAAAAUCUUCUGCGACGAAAUCCUCGGGCCCAAGCUGUUCUCGGCCGUACAGGAAGACUUGAAGACGCUCGGUGGGGGGUCUUUUCUGACGGAGUUUGGCCUGUGCAGGCCGAACGCGAGUGAUCCGAGCUUCUCCGACACGGUGGAGUGCAGGUUCGUGUUGGAGAAAGCGGACAGCUUGCUGCAGUCGUGGACGUACUGGGACGCGUCCCCGGGAAGCAGUGUGUUGUGGGACGCCACCGGCCGCGCCAUCCCAGAACGCGUCAGCAUGUUCGCCCGACCGUACACGCGCGCAGUGGCGGGGGUUCCCACGGCGAUGACCUUCGACCUCAACACCCGCCAUUUUGAACUGACCUUCGCCUCGAAUCCCGCCAUCGAGGACCCUACGGAGAUUUUUGUACCCAGGCUUCAUUACGCGGAAGGGUACACGGUAAUGAGCUCUGCAGAGCUGGAAUGUGAAGUAGAUAAGAAGGAUCACAGCCUUCUCUAUGUCAGGCCUAAACAGACCAAUGACGUGAGAACGUUUCCGACUGUCACCGUCGUGCCUUCUUCUCACGUCAACAGCAUCUCAGGAAACAUCUGUCUCAAGGUCAACUGGUAGAAACGACCUUGCUCAAGGUCACCUGGUAGAAACGACUUUGGACACAACCCGCUCAGGAAUUGUUAUGAAGCAAGUUUAAACUGUAAUUUC